AAUCUUCAGGCAAAAGAGAACCUGCAGUUGGUCGACCAAGAGGCUGUCAGCCCUACUGGGUCUGCCUCUGAACCUACUGGCUCUACUGCUCAUGGACCCUCUGGCUCUGCUCUUAGCGGGGCUUCAACGCGUAGAGGGGGACUCGGGGGAUCCGGCAAUAUCAGAUUAAAAGUAGUAAUAGCAUUGGUCACUACUUUAUCUGUUGGAGUUCUGAUGACAUGCUGCUUCAAGGGAAAGCUCUUAUCUAGUAAAAUUAUUUGCAAAAAGGAAAGUCAAACCCGUAAGAAUGUUGAGGCCUUUCUAAGGAACAAUGGACCUCUUGCCAUUAGAAGAUACAGUUACUCAGAUAUCAAGAAAAUGACCAACUUAUUCAGAGAUAAAUUAGGUGAAGGGGGCUUUGGUGGUGUCUACAAGGGGAAGUUACAAGAUGGUUGUCUUGUGGCAGUGAAGGUUCUGAAAGAAUCAAGAGGUAAUGGAGAGGAAUUCAUCAAUGAAGUUGCAAGCAUUAGUAGGACCUCUCAUGUCAACAUUGUCACUCUUAUGGGCUUUUGCUUUGAGGGUUCUAAAAGAGCUCUCAUCUAUGAGUUUAUGCCUAAUGGAUCUCUCGAGAAGUUCAUAUACAAAGAAAAUCCCUCCAAGGCUGAUUGUCGAUUGGAAUGGGAGACUAUACACAAGAUUGCACUUGGCAUUGCUCGUGGACUAGAGUACUUACAUAGAGGCUGCAACACACGAAUCUUGCAUUUUGAUAUAAAACCUCACAACAUUCUUUUGGAUGAGAACUUCUGCCCAAAAAUUUCUGAUUUUGGCCUUGCAAAAAUAUGCUCUAAAGAAGAGAGUAUCAUAUCCAUCUUAGGUGCAAGAGGAACUGCAAGAUAUGUAGCUCCAGAACUAAUUUCUAGAAAUUUUGGAAGAGUCUCUCACAAGUCAGAUGUUUAUAGCUACGGAAUGAUGGUUUCAGAAAUGGUUGGGGGGAGAAAGAAUAUUGAUAUCGGGGUUGAUCAUACUAGUGAAUUAUUUUUUCCACAUUGGAUUUACAAGCGUCUUGAACAAGAUGAAGAACUAGGAUUGCAUGGCCUUAUGAAUGAAGAAGAUAAAGAAAGUGCAAAGAAGAUGAUAAUAGUGAGUUUAUGGUGCAUACAGACGAACCCCUCAAACCGACCAUCAAUGAGUAUAGUUGUGGAUAUGUUGAAAGGAAGCCUCGAUUCCUUACAAAUCCCACCCAAGCCUUUCUUUUGUUCCCCACCAAGAUCACUAGCAGAUCAUUCAACUACAAUGGAGUCAUCACAUAUGAUUCUUUAAUGUAUUAAAAUGCAUCUUUACUUGAAAGAAUCUAAAAAUGGAUCUUUUCUUUGAAGAGAACUCUUAAUGUUGGAUAAUAACCGAGAAUCUUCAUGAACUGUAUCAAUUAUUAGCUUGUCAAUGCUCAUAAUUGUUAAAGACAACUAAAUUUGAUUGCCUAAACUAUGUUAUAAUAUUUGCCGUGAUAGCCUUCAUCAUGAA